CUUCAACUUUUUUUUUUUUAAUUUAAAUUGAACAAAUAAACUGUUUUAGAACAGUGAAACAAAAGAUGGGCUUGCUUCGAUUCUCGUUAAUUUCUCUGUUAACAUCAAUAGGAGGACCUUCUAAUCGACUUGAUCUCUGCUUUCUAACCUCCUAAAAUCCACAGAAACGGGUAUGUAGUUCUGGUGAUCUUCCCCCUUUGCUCGGCUUGUCAUUUUCUCCGUCAACUUGUGUUUGUUCUUCCCGGUUUUGCUUUCGUGGGAUCACUUUGUUUACAGUUUGAAUCCGUGAUGCCCCCCUCUCUUCUGGGUUUUACUUAUUUAUCACGCGUUGUUGGUUUUGAUUGUGUUCUGAGUUUUCACUUGACUGUGGAUUUCUUAGGAAAUCCCUGCUGCCUAACGGGUUUUGGGUAAUUGUGUCGGUCUGGAUUGAAGAGAUCACUUGCUAUUUUAUGCUUUAGAAAUAUAGCUUAGGUUUGUUCUUUUGUAUUCGAAGUGAUCUCUCUCUCUCUCUCUUGUAAUUGAGUGAUUAAACAUUAUGAUUUGAGUAUGUUUAAGUUUGAAAUUUAACUAUAAUUUCGUUUUCAAACUGAAACUCAGUUUGUACAUAAUAUUAAAUGGUCCUAAAGAGCGAUACAGUAGCAGAAAGAAUGUUGCGGUGGUGGCAAUAAUAUGAGUAUUAGAGGGGAUGCUUUCCUAAAUCCUGUUUAUCAAAUUGAUUAGUUGAUUCCAACAAUGGGCAAAAGGGUUAUCGUUACAAGAAGGGUAAUGGAGGAAGUAGUUGGAUAGCUUCUGCAAGUGUGAUGGAUAUCUUCUCUGAGUGGAUAUGAAAUGGUAUUGGUUUUUCAUAUAGAGGCCACCCUUUGGUUUUGCAGGUAUUUCCAAGUUUUCAUUGGCCCUUAAAUCUCUUUUUCAGGAUGGAGGAGAUUAUGCUUAUAAAUGAGGAGAUUAAAGAUUUAAAGGGUAUAUUCAAUGCAUAUAUAGUUAAGAUGCAACUAUUUGCUCGGUAAAAAAAGCAGGUCGUAACUUAUUCUUGAAAAACAGGGUUGUAAUGGUUAUGCGAAUUUAGACACUUUGAACACUGCUUUGAGGAUGGUUCAACUGUAUUUUCAAGAAUUUCUGUUGGUUCAUAUGCAAAUAAUUCACUUUGAUUGAAGGGUGCUCACAUGCAUUGUUAUACUUGCAAUAUAGACCACUAUUAUUUAGAAAGUUAGCUGUCUCUUUCUUUAUAAGGUUUUAAUUGUUGGUUUCUGAAUUAAACUUUUUGAUACUAAAGAAUUAUAGGCUGUUAAGAUAUUACAAGAUAUCUGUUGAAGAAUGGAUGACUUUGAAGGAAGUCUUGGGAUGUUACUUCCAAAGUGGGGAAACAACGAGUCAUCUGCAAUGGAGGAAUCUCACUUCAUUGUUGCUUGGUUUAUUGCUGCCUUAGUUGGAAUAUUGACUAUUGCCUACACUGUCUUCCAGUGGAGGAGAAGUAUUAGUUUAAGCUGGAUGAAGGCCAUAGCAAGGUCAAAGAAAAACCCUAAGGCAAAGCACAAGGUUCCUCAAGUUACACACACCUGGAACUUGGAGUCUGUAUCUCGUGGGAAAAACCUAAACUGUUGUGUAUGUUUGAAGUCUGUUUCUCCAUCCCAACCUCUUGGUCCAAUGAUGGCUUCAGACAAUUUCUUUAACAAUUGUGCAAUCUGUGGUGCAGCAGCACAUCUGAACUGCUCAUCAAAGGCCCAUAAAGAUUGUAAAUGUAUAUCUAUGUUUGGAUGUGAACAUGUUAUGCACCAGUGGGCUCUUAGGUGGACAGAAAACACAGAUCAACCUGAUGAAACUUCUUGUUGUAGUUAUUGUGAAGAACCUUGUAGUGGGUCUUUCCUUGGGGGAUCUCCGAUUUGGUGUUGCAUGUGGUGUCAGCGGCUAGUACAUGUUGAAUGUCACACAAAUAUGUUCAAUGAAAUAGGUGAUAUUUGUGAUUUGGGCCCAUUUAGAAGAUUGAUCUUAUCACCACUCUUUGUCAAGGAACUAAGUUGGACUGCCUCUAACGGAUUUUUAAGCUCAAUAACACACGGAGCCAAUGAGCUUGCAUCUUCUGUUCGUGGAUGUAUCAGGGGUCAAAGUAAAAAGUACAAGCAUGGAACUGAAGCUUCUGAUGACUCAAGCAGCAGCUGUAGUACUUGUGACUUAUCGACUAAUAGCAGUGCAGAUGCUCAUCAAACAUCAGAGGGUCUUCAUGGGACAAAUGGAAACUGCAAUGGCAACAUGGAUACAGGUGACCAGGGACAAAGUGGUGAAGUCAAUGAUAAGAUGGAGUGGAAGCCAAAUCACAAAAGGAGUAAGUCACCCGGUUGGAGUGAUGAAUCUCAGAUAUUAGGGGUAAAACAGAAAUUUGAAUUGAUUGAUCUACCUUCAGAUGCAAGACCCCUGCUAGUAUUCAUCAACAAGAAGAGUGGGGCCCAGCGAGGGGGCUCACUUAAGCAACGUCUGAGCAUUCUUUUGAAUCCUGUUCAGGUUUUUGAGUUGAGCUCAAAACAGGGACCAGAGGUAGGUCUUUGUUUAUUCAGAAGGGUGCCCCACUUCAGAAUUCUUGUCUGUGGGGGAGAUGGUACGGUUGGUUGGGUUCUGGAUGCCAUUGACAAACAACAUUUUGUUUCUCCACCUCCACUUGCCAUUCUUCCAGCUGGUACAGGGAAUGAUCUAGCAAGGGUUUUGUCUUGGGGAGGUGGUCUGGGCUCGGUAGAGAGACAAGGAGGCCUCUGCACAGUGUUACGCCACAUAGAACAUGCUGCAGUUACCAUUCUUGAUCGGUGGAAGAUAGCGAUGGGAGAUCAACAGGGAAAGCAACUCCAACCCCCAAAAUAUAUGAACAAUUAUCUAGGAAUUGGUUGUGAUGCAAAGGUUGCCUUGGAUAUCCAUAAUUUACGGGAAGAGAACCCAGAAAAAUUCUAUAAUCAGUUCAUGAAUAAGGUACUUUACGCAAGAGAAGGUGCAAAGAGUAUCAUGGAUAGGACAUUUGAAGACCUCCCAUGGCAAGUUCGAGUGGAGGUUGAUGGGGUUGAGGUUGAGGUCCCUGAGGAUGCUGAAGGUGUGCUUGUAGCUAAUAUUGGAAGUUACAUGGGGGGUGUAGAUUUGUGGCAAAAUGAGGAUGAUACUUAUGAGAACUUUGAUCCCCAGUCUAUGCAUGACAAGAUGCUGGAGGUUGUCAGUAUUUCUGGAACAUGGCACCUUGGAAAGCUUCAGGUGGGGCUUUCCCGAGCUCGUAGACUUGCACAAGGGCAAUUGAUCAAGAUCCAGCUCUGUGCUGCCUUGCCGGUUCAAGUAGAUGGAGAACCCUGGUUUCAGCAGCCAUGCAUGUUAUCCAUAUCACACCAUGGCCAGGCAUUCAUGUUAAAGAGGGCAUCCGAGGAGCCUCUUGGUCAUGCAGCUGCCAUAAUCACUGAUGUGCUAGAGAAUGCAGAAACCAACCACAUAAUCAAUGCUUCUCAGAAGCGAUCUCUUCUACAGGAAAUGGCACUUAGGCUAUCUUAGAGGCCUAUCCCAUCGGCUGCAAUAUUUGUUGGUAAGGUUCACAUUAUAUAAAUAUAUGUGCACUGCAAGAAUUAAUCAUGUUUAGAUGCAAUAGUAAUUUUGCAGUUUUAUUUCA